AUGAAUAUCUUUCUCGAUAAAUACGGAACCGAUACAACUACAAACUUUCAACUUAUGAAAUGGGCUAAUGAGUUAAAUAUAUCACUGUUUUAUUAUUGUAUGAGGGAUGAAAUAAAUAAUCUCAAGGAUAAGAAAGGUAAAUUUUAUGCGAUACUAAAAAACCUAACAGCAUGGAUAAAUAAAGCAAAACUUUAUUUUGUGGAUCAAAUCGGAGACACUCUUCAAGGUGAUUUAGAUAUGAAUAAUUUUACUAUAACUUAUUUAAAGUUACCAGAAAAUGAUUAUGAUGCUGUUCACAAGAAAUAUUUAAUGGAUCAAUUAAAGUUAUUUGAAGUAAAUAAAGAACAUUUAAAAGAAAGAAUAGGAGAUGUGAAAAGAUACUUCAAACGACAAAUAAAUAAUAAAGAUUUUAUUGAUGAUACUAAGUUACAACAAGAAGUAACAAGUUUGAAAAGUUUUAUUGAAGAACAAUUACUUAAUGUAGUAGAUAAAACUCAAUUACAACCUUUAAGUUCAUUAAUAUCUAAUUUAGAUGAUAAGAUUACAAAACAAAAAUAG